AUACUGCCAACAUAUCAGUAGAUAAAAUAUCUCACCGAUCGCGAUUUCUGUCCGAUUCCUGGAUGUAAAAAGGAGUUACCUAGUGUAUGGAAACCUUUCAAUUAGUUGGAUAUAUAUACUCAUUUAAUGUACCGUGUGAUCUUUCCAAAACAAAAAUAAUAAUAAGUUCCAUAGAAUUGUUUACAAAAAAGUUUGGAACAACAAUGUGCUUUAUUAAUUACUUAUGUCUGGAAUACCUUAAGUUCAAGACAUUUUGAAUAAUGUCAUGAAGAAUUGACGUCACCUGAAAGCAAGAAAAGUUAAUUUAAGGAUUUUAUUUUCCGUUUGACUCUUGGAAGAUGACGUCAGAAGGCCCAGGGUGGAAGCGAAUGGUGGUUCUGUUGGUGUUGGUGGUGGUGUAUUUGUGCGUGGGAGCCGCUAUCUUCAGUCAAAUCGAGGGCGAUCCCGAAAUAGAGCGACGACUUCGGUUAGAGGCCUUCCUUAGAAACUUCAUAGGUAACCAUUCCUGUGUAAAGCAUGACGACCUAAUCAACGUAUUACGUCAGGUGGAUCAGGAAUUUACGUUCGCCUUAAACACUUUACGUAACACGACGGUAUACACACAGUGGGAUUUCAUUGGUUCAUUUUCCUUCGUUGUUACCGUGGUAACCACCAUAGGAUAUGGAAACCUGGCACCCAAAACGUACCCCGGUAAAGUGGCUCUGGUGGUUUACGCCCUCAUAGGAAUUCCCAUCACUCUCAUCAUGUUGAACUACUUGGGUCAAAUCCUGACCCGCCUCUCCACACGGGUCAACAAAUGUAAACUCUGCUCGGCCAAACCUCUGGUGAACAAAAUACUGAACAUGGUCCUCAUUGUUACCCUGGGGCUGACUAUCCUAUUCAUCCUACCGGCCUCGGUUUUCAGUUACGUGGAGGAUUGGACGGUUUUAGAGGCACUGUAUUACUGUUUUGUGACCCUCAGUACUAUAGGAUUCGGCGACUAUAUAGCAGCUAUUUCAGAGAAUCGCAUAGAUCAUCGUGGUACGGGCGACCUGUACAGAAUUGUGACGUACGUGUGGAUAUUGUUCGGCCUGGCUUAUCUAUCCCUCCUAAUUAACUAUAUCUCGAACGUCUUCAUCAAAAAGGCCGAAGAAAUGGAAAGACUUACAAAAGAAAAACUGGAGGCUGAAGUUUCUAGAUUACAACAAGAAUUAGCAAAAACUGGAAAGUCAGUGUAUAAAACGGCAGCAAACGUAAAAUCCAGCGUUAAGGGCAAAAUGUGGGAAGCGCCCUCUAGUAACAACAGUGGCAUUGAUCAAGAAAGCGGAAGUGUAACUCUGCUCCGAAUAGCUCAACUGGAAGAAACUUGAUUAUACUAAGUUAUAGUGCAUUUGUUUGUGUGUUUGUGUGUAUGAGAGAAAAAUGAACUUUUAAGUUAG